AUGAUAUAUGAGGAAACUCUAACAGAUGAGCUGAUCAAGGUGGAUGAAAAGCUAAAAGCAGCUGAAGCUCUUCUGGAAAGCAAGAACCUUGAAAUAAAAAAAAUCAAUGAGGAGAAAAGGGCAGCACUGGCUGCACAAUUUGCUGCAGAAGCCACACUUCGAAGGGUUCAUGCUGCACAGAAAGACGAUGAAAUGCCUCCUAUUGAAGCUAUUAUUGCAUCCCUGGAGGCAGAACUCAAGCUUGCUAGGAUGGAGGUGGCAAAGCUGCAGGAUGACAACAGAGCACUGGAUCGGCUAACCAAAUCGAAGGAGGCUGCUCUUCUUGAGGCUGAGAGAACUGUUCAGAUUGCUUUGGCAAAAGCAUCCUUGGUUGAUGAUCUGCAAAACAAAAAUCAAGAGUUAAUGAAACAGAUUGAAAUAUGCCAGGAGGAGAACAAAAUCUUGGACAAAAUCCUUCGGCAAAAGGUUGCUGAAGUUGAAAAACUAACUCAAACUGUUCGUGAGCUUGAAGAGGCUGUCUUGGCUGGUGGGGCUGCUGCUAAUGCUGUCCGUGAUUACCAGCGUAAAGUGCAAGAGAUGAAUGAGGAAAGGAAGAUUUUGGAGCGGGAAGUAGCUCGUGCCAAAGUUACUGCAAACAGGGUUGCGACUGUAGUUGCAAAUGAGUGGAAAGAUGCUAAUGAUAAAGUGAUGCCAGUGAAGCAGUGGCUAGAAGAAAGAAAUUUUUUUCAGUCAUUCCAUAAAACAGAAAUCAUAUGUAAAAUUGAUAAUAGAGAAAAUGUGUAUUUGGUAGUUGGAACUUCAGUAGGACUUGAUCUGACAAUCAGAGCUCAGUAUCAUUUACUUUUCACUGAGGCCGCUAUCUUAUUUUCCAACAUAGAUAAUACUCAGCCUCAGCGCAUACCCUGA